UCCCACCCUCUUGGCACAAAAUCUAUCCAUGUGGUAGAAAAAGGAGGGUGAGGGCCCUGACUGACAAGCCCAAACCAACUCCCAGUUGCAAUGGACCAGCAACUACUUCCCAGGGAUCAGACCUCCUUGAACACCCCCAAGGGCAGUUGGGGGCAUCCAAGCCACCUCCCUGCAAAAACUGGUGGAGAAUCAUAAGGAUGGGUCUGACUGCCUAUUUCAGCCUUGGGCUGCUGAGUUGCCUGGUCGUUGGACCAUUCAUGAGCAGCGUCCAAGCAGCAGACUGCCCCAACCACUGGCUCUCCUUCAGUGGGCACUGCUAUGGCUACUUCCAUCAGGAGCUGAGCUGGCAGCAGGCAGAGGGACAAUGCCAGCGCAACGGGGGCCACCUUGCCUCCAUUCUGUCUAGGGAUGAACACAAGGCCAUUGCCAGAUUCCUGCAAGGGGUCCAGAAGUGGGACGAUGAAGAUGUCUGGAUUGGGCUCUACAUCCCUGCCAGCGGUGAUGGUUGGGCCUGGGCCGACGGCAGCCCCGUGGCGUACACUGCAUGGGAAAAGGUCCAGAGCUAUUUCACCCUGAAAGGCGGGCACUGCGCAGCCCUGGAUGAGUCUUCAGGGUUCAGGCUUUGGGAUGGCGACGAGUGCCACGACAGGAACCCCUUCCUCUGCAAGGUGUAGCAGGCCAGGGCCCUUGCCGGACAGAAAUCCAUCAGGGAGUUCGGCGCCACAGACCACGCCCUGGGCAGGGUGGGGGGCUGGAGGCCCUGCUGUCACCUCCCCUGCACAGAUCCCCACCUGCAAUGUCCCCCCUCUCUCUUGGAUUAGCCCCACCCAAGCCCAAGCUCUGACUCUGGGCCCAGUCCCUCUGCAGCAAUAUGGAAUCCGCAAUAAACCUCUCCUGAGCAUGUAGAAA